AUGGUGCCUGCUCCGCAUCCAGAUCCCUACACUAUGGCUGUAGAAUACGCAGCCAAAGACGCAUUUGACACUUUGACAAGGCGCGAUCUUCAGAACCCAAAUCGUACACAACAAAUCACGUUGGGUAUCAUCGCCGUCUAUGUCGUUGUUAUCGCCAUCCUAUGGAACGUUCCCUAUAUCCGCAUGGUCCUCUGGCCCUUCAAGAUGCUGGUCAUCGCCUUCCACGAGUUUGGUCACGCCAUCACUGCUGUUCUCACCGGAGGUCGCGUCAAGUCCAUCAGUCUUGACCCCAACGAGGGCGGUGUCACUCACAUGGUUGGCGGCAAAAGCGCCUUCACACUGCCCGCCGGUUAUCUAGGCUCUUCCAUCAUCGGCGCCCUGCUCACGUUCUGCGGCUUCAACAUCGUCGCCAGUAAAGUAGCCAGCAUCGUCCUCGCCGUGUGCUUCCUUCUGACUCUCUGGUGGGGAAAGCGAGACUGGCUCACGAUCAUGACCAUCCUUCUCGCCGUCGGGUUGCUCAUCGCCUGCUGGUUCAUCUCGCACGCCCAGGCUCUGCGCUUUGUCGUCCUCUUCAUCGGUGUCAUGUCGUCGCUGUACAGCGUGUGGGAUAUCUGCGACGAUUUGAUCCUGCGGAAAGUCAACUCGUCCGACGCCAGUGUGUUUGCAAAGCGAUACGGCGGCUCCUCGCAGUGCUGGGGUGUCAUCUGGUCCAUCAUUUCGGUCCUUUUCAUGGCCGCUGGUAUUGUUGCUGGUUUGGCAGCAUUUUCGCAGUCGUUCGAGCAGCAGGAAAAGGACUCUCAGAAGUUCAUCCCUACUUAA